AUGAAUAAUUAUAUUUUUAUUUUAAGUUUAGUAUUUUUGGGUGGUUGUAUUGGGUUAGCGUUGAAACCCUCACCUAUUUAUGGAGGCCUAGGUUUAAUUGUUAGUGGGUUUGUUGGUUGUUUUAUAAUUUUAGGGUUUGGAGGUUCAUUUUUAGGUUUGUUGGUGUUUUUAGUUUAUUUGGGUGGUAUAAUAGUAGUGUUUGGGUAUACAACGGCUAUGUCUACUGAGGAGUACCCUGAGACUUGGGGUUCUAGUUGGUUGUUUUUUAAUUUUUUGGUUGUGGGGUUUUUGAUGGAGUUGUCUUUUGUAUGAUUGAUUGAUAGUUGAGGUAAAAUUGAAUUAGUUAAUGUAGAUGGUUUGAGUGAUUGAAUGAUGUAUGAGGUUGAUGAUGUGGGAGUUAUGUUAGAGGGUGGUGUUGGGGUUGCGGCAAUAUAUAGUUGUGCUACUUGAAUAAUGGUUGUGGCUGGGUGGGCAUUGUUUGCUGGUAUUUUUAUUAUUAUUGAGAUCACUCGGGAUUAA